AUGGCGGCGGAUCUGAACCUGGAGUGGAUCUGCUCCCUGCCCCGAUCUUGGACUUACGGGAUCACUAGGGGCGGCCGAGUAUUCUUCAUCAACGAGGAGGCGAAGAGCACCACCUGGCUGCACCCGGUCACCGGCGAGGCUGUGGUCACCGGACACCGGCGGCAAAGCACAGAUCUGCCUACUGGCUGGGAAGAAGCGUAUACUUUUGAAGGUGCAAGAUACUAUAUAAACCAUAAUGAAAGGAAAGUGACCUGCAAACAUCCAGUCACAGGACAGCCUUCACAGGACAAUUGUAUUUUUGUAGUGAAUGAGCAGACUGUUUCAACCAUGACAUCUGAAGAAAAAAAGGAACGACCUAUAAGUAUGAUAAAUGAAGCUUCUAACUAUAGCAUGACUUCAGAUUAUGCAGUGCAUCCAGUAAGCCCUGUAGGCAGAACUUCACGAGCUUCAAAAAAAGUUCACAAUUUUGGAAAGAGGUCAAACUCAAUUAAAAGGAAUCCUAAUGCACCGGUAGUGAGACGAGGUUGGCUUUACAAACAGGACAGUACUGGCAUGAAGCUGUGGAAGAAACGCUGGUUUGUGCUGUCUGACCUUUGCCUGUUUUAUUAUAGAGCCUUUGAACUGGAAGCUAAGAGCCCAGUUAACAGUAUUGAAGUAUUCCAGGCAGCCCAUCCAAACAUGCGGACCUAUUAUUUCUGCACUGAUACAGGGAAGGAAAUGGAAUUAUGGAUGAAAGCCAUGUUAGAUGCUGCUCUUGUACAGACAGAACCUGUGAAAAGGUAA